AGGUCAGAUUGCCAGGUCAGAUUCCCAUGUCAGAUUCCCAGGUCAGAUUCCCAGGUCAAAUUCCAAGGUCAGAUUCCAAGUCCGAUUCCCAGGUCAGGUCCCCAGGUCAGUUCCCAAGUCAUUAUCUCGAGUCAGAUCCCCUAGCCAGGUCAGAUUGCCAGGUCAGAUUCCCAGGUCAGACUCCCAGGUCAGAUUCGCAUGUCACAUUCCAUGGUCAGAUUCCCAGGUCAGAUUCCCAGGUCUGAUUCCCAGGUCAGAUUCGAAGUCACAUUCCAGUCUGAUUCCCAAGUCCUAUUCCCAUGUCAGAUCCCCAAGUCAUAAUCUCGAGUCAGAUCCCCAGGUCAGAUUCCCAUGUCAGAUUCCCAGGUCAGAUUCCCAUGUCAGAUUCCCAUGUCAGAUUCCCAGGUCAGAUUCUCAGGUCAGAUUCCCUGGUCAGAUUCCCAGGUCAGAUUCCGAGUCAGAUUCCCAAGUCAGAUUCCCAAUUCUUGUUCCCAAGUCAUAAAAUCGUGUCUGAUCCCCAGGUCAGAUUCCCAUGUCACAUUCCCAGGUCAGAGUCCCAGGUCAGAUUCCCACGUCAGAUUCCAAGUCAGAUUCCAGUCAGAUUCCCAAGUCUUUUUCCCUAGUCGGACUCCCAGGUCAGAUCUCCCAGGUCAGAUCUCCCAAGUCAUAAUCUCGAGUCAGAUCCCCAGGUUAGAUUCCUAUGUCACAUUCCCAUGUCAGAUUCCCAGGAUUCCAAGUCAGAUUCCAGUCAGAUUCCCAAGUCAGAUUCCCAAGUCUUAUUCCCAAGUCUUAUUCCCAAGUCAUAAUCUCGAGUCAGAUCCCCAGGGCAGAUUCCCAUGUCACAUUCCCAUGUCACAUUCCCAGGUCAGAUUCCAAGGUCAGAUUCCAAGUCAAUUUCCAGUCAGAUUUCCAAGUCAGAUCCCCAGGUCCGAUUCCCAAGUCAUAAUCUCGAGUCAGAUCCCCUGGUCAGAUUCCCAGGUCAGAUUCGCAUGUCACAUUCCCUGGUCAGAUUCCCAGGUCAGAUUCCCAGGUCUGAUUCCCAGGUCAGAUUCGAAGUCACAUUCCAGUCUGAUUCCCAAGUCCUAUACCCAAGUCACAAUCUCGAGUCAGAUCACCAGGUUAGAUUCUCAGGUCAGAUUCCCAUGUCACCAGGUUCGAUUCCCAUGUCAUAAUCUCCAGUCAGAUUCCCAGGUCACAUUCCCAGGUCAGAUUCCCAGGUCAUAUUCCCAGGUCAGAUUCGGAGUCAGAUUCCAGUUUGAUUCCCAAGUCCUAUUCCCUAGUCAGAUCCCCAAGUCGUAAUCUCGAGUCAGAUCACCAGGUCAGAUUCCCAGGUCAGAUUCCCAUGUCACAUUUGCAGGUCAGAUUCCCAGGUUAGAUUCCAGUCAGAUUCCCAAGUCGUAUUCCCAAGUCAGAGUCCCAAGUCAUCUCCCCAGGUUAGAUUCCCAAGUCAUAAUCUCGAGUCAGAUCCCCAGGUCAUAUUUUCCAAGUCAGAUUCCCAUGUCAGAUUCCCAGGUCAGAUUCCCAGGUCAGAUUCCCAGGUCAGAUUCCCAGGUCAGUUCCCAGGUCAGAUUCCGAGUCAGAUUCCCAAGUCAGAUUCCCAAGUCUUAUUCCCAAGUCAUAAUCUCGAGUCAGAUCCCCAGGUCAGAUUCCCAGGUCAGAUUCCAAGGUCAGAUUCCAAGUCCGAUUCCCAGGUCAGGUCCCCAGGUCAGUUCCCAAGUCAUUAUCUCGAGUCAGAUCCCCUAGCCAGGUCAGAUUGCCAAGUCAGAUCUCAAGUCAGAUUUCCAAGUCAGAUCCCCAGGUCAGAUUCCCAAGUCAUAAUCUCUAGUCAGAUCCCCAGGUCAGAUUCCCAGGUGAGAUUCGCAUGUCACAUUCCCAGGUCAGAUUCCCAGGUCAGAUUCCGAGUCAGAUUCCCAAGUCAGAUUCCCAAGUCUUAUUCCCAAGUCAUAAUCUUAAGUCAGAUCCCCAGGUCAGAUUCCCAGGUCAGAUUCGCAUGUCACAUUCCAUGGUCAGAUUCCCAGGUCAGAUUCCCAGGUCAGAUUCCCAGGUCUGAUUCCCAGGUCAGAUUCGAAGUCACAUUCCAGUCUGAUUCCCAAGUCCUAUUCCCAUGUCAGAUCCCCAAGUCAUAAUCUCGAGUCAGAUCCCCAAGUCAGAUUCCCAGGUCAGAUUCCCAUGUCAGAUUCCCAGGUCAGAUUCUCAGGUCAGAUUCCCUGGUCAGAUUCCCAGGUCAGAUUCCGAGUCAGAUUCCCAAGUCAGAUUCCCAAUUCUUAUUCCCAAGUCAUAAAAUCGUGUCUGAUCCCCAGGUCAGAUUCCCAUGUCACAUUCCCAGGUCAGAGUCCCAGGUCAGAUUCCCAGGUCAGAUUCCAAGUCAGAUUCCAGUCAGAUUCCCAAGUCUGAUUCCCUAGUCAGACUCCCCAGGUCAGAUUCCCCGGUAAGAUUCCCAUGUCACAUUCCCAGAUCAGAUUCCCAGGUCAGAUUCGGAGUCAGAUUCCAGUCUGAUUCCCAAGUCCUAUUCCCUAGUCAGAUCCCCAAGUCAUAAUUUCGAGUCAGAUCACCAGGUCAGAUUCCCAGGUCCGAUUCCCAUGUCACAUUUGCAGGUCAGAUUCCCAGGUUAGAUUCCAGUCAGAUUCCCGAGGCGUAUUCCCAAGUCAGAGUCCCAAGUCAUCUCCCCAGGUAAGAUUCCCAAGUCAUAAUCUCGAGCCAGAUCCCCAGGUCAGAUUGCCAGGUCAGAUUCCCAUGUCAGAUUCCCAGGUCAGAUUCCGAGUCAGAUUCCCAAGUCAGAUUCCCAAGUCUUAUUCCCAAGUCAUAAUCCCGAGUCAGAUCCCCAAGUCAGAUUCCCGUGUCAGAUUCGGAGUCAGAUUCCACUGUGAUUCCCAAGUCCUAUUCCCAAGUCAGAUCCCCAAGUCAUAAUUUCGAGUCAGAUCACCAGGUCAGAUUCCCAGGUCCGAUUCCCAUGUCACAUUUGCAGGUCAGAUUCCCAGGUUAGAUUCCAGUCAGAUUCCCAAGUCGUAUUCCCAAAUCAGAGUCCCAAGUCAUCUCCCCAGGUUAGAUUCCCAAGUCAUAAUCUCGAGUCAGAUCCCCAGGUCAGAUUGCCAGGUCAGAUGCCCAUGUCAGAUUCCCAGGUCAGAUUCCCAGGUCAAAUUCCAAGGUCAGAUUCCAAGUCCGAUUCCCAGGUCAGGUCCCCAGGUCAGAUUGCCAGGUCAGAUUCCCAGGUCAGACUCCCAGGUCAGAUUCCCAAGUCAGAUCCCCAGGUCAGAUUCCCAGAUCAGAUUCCCUGGUGAGAUUCCCAGGUCACUUUCCCUGGUCAUAUUCGCAGGUCAGACUCCCAGGUCAGAUUCCCAGGUCAGAUUCCCAGGUCGGAUUCCAAGUAAGUUUCCGAAGUCAGAUCCCCAGGUCAAAUCCCAAGUCAUAAUCUUGAGUCAGAUCCCCAGAUCAAAUUCCCAGGUCAGAUUCCAAGUCAGAUUCCAGUCAGAUUCCCAAGUCACAUUCCCAAGCCAGAUUCCCAAGUCAGAAUCCCAUGUCAGAUUCCCAGGUCAGAUUCCUAGGUCACAUUCCCAGGUCAGACUCCCUGGUCAGAUUCCUAGGUCCGCUUCCCAUGUCAGAUUCCCAUGUCACAUUCCCAGGUCAAAUUCCCAGGUCACUUUCCCAGGUCACAUUCCCACGUCAGAUUCCAGGUUAGAUUCCCAGGUCAGAUUCCCAGGUCAGAUUCUCAGGUCAGAUUCCAGUCAGAUUCCCAAGUCUUAUUCCCAAGACAGAUUCGCAAGUCAGUUCCCCAGGUCAGUCAGUUCCCAAGGCAUAAUCUCGCGUCACAUCCCCAGGUCAGAUUCCCAUGUCACAUUCCCAGGUCACAUUCCCAAGUCAGAUUCCCAGGUCAGAUUCCCAGGUCAGAUUCCCAGGUCACUUUGCCAGGUCAGAUUCCCAGGUCGGAUUCCAAGUCAGAUUCCCAAGUCUUAUUCCCGAGUCAGAUUCCCAAGUCACAUCCUCAGGUCAGAUUCCCAAGUCAUAUUCUCUAGUCAGAUCCCCAGGUCAGAUUCCCAUGUCACAUUCCCAGGUCAGAUUCCCAGGUCAGAUUCCCAGGUCAGAUUCCAAGUUAGAUUCCAGUCAGAUUUCCAAGUUCGAUUCCCAAGUCAGAUCCCCAAGUCAGAUGCCCAAGUCAUAAUCUCGAGUCAAAUCACCAGGUCAGAUUCCCGCGUCAGAUUCCCAGGUCACAUUCCCAGGUCAGAUACCCAGGUCAGAGACUCCCAUGUCAGAUUCCCAGGUCAGAUUCCCAUUUCACUUUGCCAGGUCAGAUUCCCAGGUCGGAUUCCAAGUCAGAUUCCAGUCAGAUUCCCAAGUCUUAUUCCCGAGUCAGAUUCCCAAGUCACAUCCUCAGGUCAGAUUCCCAAGUCAUAUUCUCUAGUCAGAUCCCCAGGUCAGAUUCCCAUGUCACAUUCCCAUGUCACAUUCCCAGGUCAGAUUCCAAGUCAGAUUCCAGUCAGAUCCCCAAGUCAGAUCCCCAAGUCAGAUCCCCAAGUCAGAUCCCCAAGUCAUAAUCUCGAGUCAAAUCACCAGGUCAGAUUCCAGCGUCAGAUUCCCAGGUCACAUUCCCAGGUCAGAUACCCAGGUCAGAGACUCCCAUGUCAGAUUCCAAGUCAGAUUCCCAAGUCAGAUCCAAGCAGCACAGAGACGACAGGGAUCAGAGAGAGUGACAGUGAAGGGAGUGUGGAGGGUGCGAGUGUGGUUAAAGCAGAGGGCGCAGUAGCUGACGUGGAGGAGGGGGUGAUGGACGCAGGAGGGGCAGUGUUCUUUGUCCCGCAGCGGCCGUACGUGGUGCUGGGCUCUUCCCUCUACCCCAAAGUCUCAUUUCUCGUUCCCUCUCACCGCCCUUCUCCCCUCCCCCCCCCCCCCCCCCCCCACACUGACGUGCCCGCCUUCCCUUCCCCGUCAAUUCCAUUCAGCCGAAUGCCCCCCCUUCCGGUCUCCAUUCGCCGAAUGGAGAGAAUAGGGGAGUGACUUACCUCACCAGAAAUCAUUGUUGGUGGUGGCCAUGAUAGCCAGGAUGGUGGUGGCAGGGGUGAGGCGAGAGUGGUGCUGGGGAGUGGGGAUUGGUGCAGCUGGAGCAGGAAGGAGUAGGGUGGUGGUGGCACGUGCCACAGGUAGCAUGUGGACUAUAGAGAGAAUAGGCGACUGAUUUAUAGGUGCCACACCUACGAUGGCUGGUGAUGCGCAUCGUAGCGGGGAUGGUAGUGGUAGUGAGGAGGAGAGGUUGAUGGUAUUGGUUGGAGAUGAGAAUGCUGAGGUGGGAAGGAGAAGGGUGGUGCGGUGGGUGGUACGUGCAACGGGUGUGUGGAACCCAAAGAAGAUAGGCGAGUAACAGUAUACUGUACUUGGUGGGAGGAGGUAGACUCAUUUGCGAUUCAUUAUUGGAGGCUGGUUCUGAAUGAUGCCGAAAGCAAUGGUGAUGGUGUUGAUGAAUCUGAAUGUGUCAUUGCCAUAGAUAGAUGGGGUUCAGAAAUAAUAUGCUCUUACAAAAUUACGGACACUAUUUCCCUGUAACUCUCCUCAUAACGG